GAUUAAACGUUUGAAUAGUUACAAGUGACUUUCGUUGUAAACAGAAAGAAUCUUUCCUUUAAAUUAAAAAUGCGUGCUUUUGUGUUGGUUUGUUUUGUAGCGCUUGCAUCAGCUCAAUAUAAUUAUGGACCUCAAAGUCAUGUCAACAACAAUGGUCCAUUAGAUGGUAGCAAUUCGGAUGCUUUGUCAGUAGCAAAUCAACCAGUGGUGGAGGAAUACAACAAAGCUUUUUACUCGUACAGCGCUCCCGAACAGGAAUUUGAUGAUUUAAAUGCUGGCGAACAUAUAGCAAAUGCUCUCAAGAAAAAUUUACGUGUAAUUUUUAUUAAAGGACCUGAAAAUACUGCCCUCGAGAAUGCCGCUCUCCAGUUGGCUAAAGGUGCUGCCGAUGAUCGUACUGCCAUUUAUGUUCUUAGCAAACAGUCUGAUAUCGGUGCCCUGGCUAAUCAAUUGCAGCAGCUUAAGGCCAACAAUGCUGUCAAACCUGAAGUCCACUUUGUUAAGUAUCGUACACAAGCUGAUGCGGAGAAUGCUCAGCGUACCAUUCAAUCUCAAUAUGAUAGCUUACCUGGUGCCACCAGUAGUAAUGGUCCUAGUUCUGCUUCAGUUUUGGACUUUGCCUCAAAAUCUGCUUCGCCGUCAGCAAUUAAUAAUGCUGCUGCUAGUGCUCCAGCUGCUGCACCAACUGCUGCCCCCGCAAGAAGUUACAUUCCCUCAAGACACGCAUACUUACCACCAAGCAAAAGAUUCUAAAUACGAAAUGUUAGAAAUUUUAUUAGAGUCUAACGAUGAAUAUUGAAUAGUUUUAAAUUAUUUAAUUUUUAUUAUUAUUAUUUUAAUUUAAAGUUUUUUUAUUUAUUUAAAUAUAAUCGAAAAGCAAAUACAUGUUUUUUAAACCGUAUUUAUGUUACAUCCUUUGUAUAGUGAAGAGCAUUAUUACAAAUGAUUUAAUCAAAUUUGAAAUAUUAUAUUGUUGCAAUUCGAAGCCAACGAAUUAUGUCUGAAAUUGGACCAUUAUUAGAAUGUCGUG